CUCGUGGCGAUUGCUACUUGUUUAUUGAUGUGUCAAUCAAAUGCUUUCGGGAGCUCUAUUGGCCAGUCGUCUUGGUUUAUUGCUCUAUCUUCGUAUGCUUCAAGUCCACUCGCUCUUCAGUUUCUGUCGUCUCACUCCGCGUGCUGGCAUAGUGCUGGGCAGUUUACAGCAAAAUCUAGCGAUUGUUACAUUAAAGUUGGCGAUGAGAUUUAGUUUUGCUGUAGCUGCUUGAAAAGUACUGUAAUAAUACAUAUUUUUGAGGCGUUAACGUAAAACAUCAUAGUCUUCGUGUUGGGCGUUUGAAAUUGGACACCGCUGUAACGUCCUCGUUUUCUGCGGAGUAAUAUUGUUGGAGAUGACAAUGUGGAGGUGGCUAAAAUGUCUACUCGGAAGAUGAAAUGGUUACAAUUGUAGCAAUCCUAAGAAAACUAUAGGGUAGAACUUAGCGGAGUUAUUGUUUAGUUAUUACAUUGUAAUUAUACUUUACCGAGGAUUGUUACACUUUUCAAGGAUAAGAGAGAACACAAAACUCAAUUACUCGGUGAUUUGUGGGACCUAAAACGGGGGGAAUUUGUCCCCCAACUUUAUGUUUUUCUCUCUCCCAAAAGCACUCCUGUUGGAUGCCGACCACUUAAACGGACAAAAGAUGUUUCCUCUUCCGGUGUCAAACGGAAAGAACAGAGGCAGCGGCCAGUUUGGAGGCUCAGGUCUGGAGGAUCGGACGGGAUCCGGCUCUUGGGGCUCAGGGGAACAGAACAGCUCAUCUUUCAGUUCACGGACAUUUGGAGAUGGGGCCCACUACAGCGAACAUGAAGGCAUGUCCCCUUCAUCACUGUACAGCUCAGGGAUCGGAGGCAAAUCUGAACGAGGACCCUACUCCUUUGGCUCACAGUUCCUGCCAGGCGAAAUGCCCAUGUCUUGUCCUGACGGGCUGUCUCCCUCCGGCCUGAAAACGGCGCCCCCUACAUUCUACGGUUCGUACCCGGCUGGUCGCAGGAGGCCUCCGGAUGGCGCACUUGAUAUCCAGCCUAAAAAGAUCAGGAAGGUGCUUCCUCCCGGUCUCCCAUCCUCGGUCUAUCCAGCAUCCUCUGGAGAAGACUACAACCAGGAAAGCGCAGGCUAUCCGGCCUCGAAGACCGGCAGUGUCUACCCGGGCCCCUUCUAUAUGCAAGACGGCCUGCAGGACUCCUGGGUGCAGUCGGGUUACUCCUCCUUGUCUCACCUCAGCCAGUCUGCCCCCUUCUCCGCCAUUAACCCACAGGAACGCCUGAAGAGGCAGCUGUCCCCGCCCACCUACCCUCACCAUGGAAACGAGGUGAAUGGCAGCAGCCUCCCAGCCGCCUUCCAGGCCACAUCUACCCCCUACGGGGUGCCCAACCACACCCCGCCCAUCAAUGGGGCAGAUGGCAUCAUGGGCAACAGAGGCACGGCAGGAAGUUCGGGGGAUGAAAUUGGAAAAGCCCUCGCGUCGAUUUACCCUUCAGACAAUAAUGGGAGCAACUUCUCCUCCACUCCACCUACCCCGGUGGGCUCUCCUCAGAACAUGGCAGCAGCAUCUGGAUCCCAGUGGCCCAGAGGGUCCACCCAGCCAGCUCCGACUCCCGCCUUUGAGGGAGGCCUACCGGCACUGCAGAACAAGAUGGAUGACUGCCUGGGUGAGGCGCUGCACGUGCUGCGGAACCACGCGGUCGGGCCGGGCCCUGGCCCGGCGCUGAGCUCCGACAUGCACAGCCUGCUUGCCGUGGCUGGGGGAGCAGCGGGCCUCGCUUCCCUUGGCCAGGGCUUUCCCCUCCAUGGACGCCUGCCCGGCAUGCAAUCCAACCACCAGGAGGAGCCGGCGGGCCUCCCCCCCUCCAGUGCCCUCCUGCACGCACACCACGCCCCCCCGCAAGCCCCUGCCACCUCACAGCCCGAGGCCUUCACCAGUUUGCCCGGGAGCCUGUCCCGUUCCUCCGGCACGGACAUCAAGCGGGAGGACAAGGAGGAUGAUGAGAACAGCUCCAUCGCCGACAAGUCAGACGACGAGAAGAAAGACGGCAAGGUCAACCGCACGCGGACGAGUCAAACUCCUGAGGAGGAUGAGGACGUGCCCCCGGAGCUGAAGGCGGAGCGGGAGAAAGAGCGGCGCGUGGCCAAUAACGCGCGCGAGCGCCUUCGUGUGCGCGACAUCAACGAAGCCUUCAAGGAGCUGGGCCGCAUGUGCCAGCUGCACCUGAGCAGCGAGAAACCGCAGACCAAGCUGCUCAUCCUGCACCAGGCCGUUAGCGUUAUCCUCAACCUGGAGCAGCAAGUGCGAGAGCGUAACCUGAAUCCCAAGGCGGCGUGUCUGAAGAGGAGGGAAGAGGAGAAGGUGUCGGGGGUUGGAGGAGAGCCCCAGAUGCCUCUAGGAGGAGGUCAUCCCGGGAUGGGCAGUGACGGACACAGUCAUAUGUAAUAUUUAUAUCCUGUCAUAAAGAGUGCUUUCAGAUGUGGCCUUAGUCUCCUUGCUACCGUCUCAGUGUGAAUACGUGCACAUAAAAAUCUUUUAAACAGAUGUGGACUUGUGCAAACACACAUACUUUUCUGAAAACUGACACUUUGUCACACAGCUCUCACACACACAGACACACACACACACACACACACACACACACACACUCAUCAUGGACCAUUGGAGCAACCUGAAGAACACUGCUGAGAGAGAGAGAAGGAGUGAACUUCUCUGAGCACAGAGAACAAGGAUAUUGGCUUCACUGCCAUCUUUUUAAUAGACUUCUCUUGCUUACAUUUCCGGGAACAAUGGCAGUUUUGAGUGGUGUGUCUUGUCAAGACUGACAUGAUUCUUAGUCAAAAAAAGUAGACAAGCAUUCCCUCCCAGGUUCUGUCUUAUCUGUGUCCACAAGGAGAUAAAAACAACAACAACAAAAACAAAAACAAAACACAACAUUCUUCCUUGUUGAGUCAAGGAGACACACAGAUCCUCAGACUAUAAGUUAUCGCAAGCCUGUACUAAUUUCAACUCAUUUCAAGCAUUUGUGGAAGUGCCAGAGCUUCAAAAACACAAACUGCCAUACUGGAGCUAUGGCAGUUGCUUCUGUACAUGAUAGAAGAGUUUCAAAAAAGGCCAGAGUGCUAGCACACAGCAGACACACACUUCCUGUGCAGUAAAGGGUUCUAAUGAGGGAACAGAGACAUGUUAGCUCUUUAAAUGCACAUGGAAAGUCAUUCUUUUGUAUCUUCUCACAUUGUGGCAUGAGCAGAAGUGAAAAGAAGAACAGCAAGCACCACGUGGCACUCGAACACAACCUGAGCUCAUGUCACUCUCCGACUGGAAAACCUUUCCUAUCUGCCAGCCCCGCCAAAUCGGUCGCACCAACUCUCUGAUAUUGUCUGAAGGACUAGCGAAUGUUACCUAGCAGUUGGCUUUAUGAGUUAAAAAGAGGGAACCAGCUGUCGUAUUGACUGCACGGAGCAACUGACUUCAUCAAAGGAAAAUCAGACCCUCUGAAUCUUCCAUGUGCUCAUAUGGUGACAGGAUUUCAGAAUUUCAGUAUGGUGGUGUUACGGGGCAAUUUUGAUUCUGGAUUCUUCUGCCGGCUGCUCUAAAAAGAUCUGAGGAAAUAUCAUGGACAUUCACUUGAUCUCAGAGUUCUGUUUGUCUUCGUCUGAGUUGAGGGGCAGUUGUCUAUUUUAAAAGCCCUGAAAUGGAAUUGGACUCGUUUCUAAAUACAGAGAAAUGAUGUAAGAUGAAGACUAAUAAAUAUGCUUUUUGGUCAGUGAUUCAAUGCUUAAAUCAUGUCAGGGGUAUUUGUGUGUUUUGUUGACUUGUUAUGGAUAGUGUCAACUGAAUUACAUCUGCUGCCACUUCUGGACAAUAUUUUUCCUUGAAAUAGAGAAAGAUAGAUAUGGGGUUAUUUGAACAAGGAUGUUGGGUCUCUAUGAGCGGAUCCUCAUAUUGUUAAACUGUUGACUCUUUACAGUUUCUUUUUUUAUAUAAAGUUCUAAAUGUUGUUUUUACUUUUUAAUAGGAUUAAAAUUUUAACUAUGUGGGGGAAAAACCUAGCGUUCAAGAAUGCCAGGAACAAAUCUGAUUGUUUCAUAUUCUUUUGAAAUUUUGAUAAUUACUGGACAGUCGAAGAAUGGUAAUUAGCCAAACAUCCUUUCUUUAUAAAAAAAAGUGUUAGAAAUGCCUGUUCUUUCAUUUUCAUUUAAAAAAAUCCUAUUCUCAUUUCUCCAGUGGUUUAGAGGGUUUGGGGUACUACAAUAUACUUUUUUAUAUUGUUACAUUGCCCUCUCAGAAUCAAAAAUAGUAAUCAUAGUAUUGUGGUUGCACCACUAUUAUGAAAUCUUUUCAUAAAAGCCAUGAUUUCAGCUAACUGAAAGGGAAUGUGAUGGAUGGAUUUCUCAUUUCAGCAUCUAGUUUAAACAGUGUUCUUGUGUUCUCUUUCAAUCAAUACAAAAGACUCUUUUAUAAAAAGAACAGAAGAUGAAUGUUGUUUUUGUUUGUGCAAAGAUCUAAAUUGUGAUGGGAAGAAACUGGGAGAGAUUAGGGUGGCCUUCUUCAUUCUCCUGACUUCUGCACCUGAUGGCGUUGGACUGGGGGAAUGAAAACAUACUAGUGCCUGCAUUUUGUUUCUCCUUUUUUGUGUCAGUUGAAACCUGACGUCAGGUUUUAACGGAAAUGUCACUUGUUUUUGGUGGCUUUGAUGAGAAUAUUCUAUAAAUUCACAUGAAGACAGGGGCAUGGGAAUUUUUAGUGUAACCUAAAUGAACUUUUGCUCUUCUGAGCAAAUAAAAGAACUUCCUUUGUAAACGUGUUCCCUGUUUAGUUUUUAUGUGCUCAGUGGUGCACAGUCCUGAUUUUAAUGAGUUAUAAAGUCUUUGUACCUUUUCUUAUGUUGUGCUCAGUUUCUGUAUCUUGUUAACUUGGCUCAGAUACUAUAGUAACGUGGACUGUUGAUGCACUCACUAUUGACACCAGCAUGUGUAACAGGCAUUGCUCUUUGGUCAGCAUUAAUCUGUCAUUUUACCAAUUUAGAAAUUUACCUGAAAACAAUUUCAGUGGUUGAAGACACGUUAUGUCAAAUAGAAAAAUAAGUAUUGGGAUUAUUUUAAGGUUAUUAGUGUUUGCUUUGGUAUUUGAAUUCUUUCUGCAGCCCACUCCAGAAUCCCAUUGUUUUGAAAUGUAAAUCAGUUGCUCCUAUGUCUUACACCCGUUUAAAAGGCCGAGCACAAUGCCUCAAGUUUAUCCAGGCUGUAUUGUAACAAGACACAUAAUCCAACUUCCAUUGGCCUCUCUCAUUCCACAAUUAUGAAUCCAUUUAUGCAGGACUGGAGAUGUGAACGUCUCUUUAUGUAAGAGUUGCAUCUAGGGCCAAUUUUCUGACAUGACUGAGUUUAGUUUUAGGCUAAAGAGAUUUGCCGUGAUGAAUCCUGAUCUUUUUUCCUUUGUUUUUCAGUUUGAACCAGAGGAUCGAGUUCUGUUAUUCAGUUCAAGGUUUUAUGGUGUUGAACUGGUUUCAUUUUACUCAGUGUUACCUUAUGUAGUACCCUGAGUUGAUUUGGUAAUGCAUACAUCUAGCUUUGUAAUAUAACUGCAAAACUAGGCUGUGUCCUAAAACUGGCUCUUAAAGUGCACCGUUCCAGUGCAUCAGAGUGUUCAGAUUAUGACUUAUCUUCGGUGUUAUGAGAGCUCCAUUGCAGUCUCUCAACAUGUUCAUCUACAGAAUCUGCUGAUUCAAGACAUUGGGGAGGUUUUCUAUAUCCCCAAAGUGCCUCCACUUUCCUAUUUUUUAUAUAAAGUAGCUAUUCAGAAAUGUUAUGUAUAUAAAGUAGCAAUAAAUGUGCCAUUUUUAAUAACAGAAGUAUACCUUUUUUUCAAUGUCUGUCGUUUUUUAUUACUUAUAUCCAAAUAAAGAAAGAACAAAGUA